AAAACCAAUUUCAUGAGAAGUUGUAGUCGUUUAUACUAGUCAAAGUCAAACUCUGCCCAAUUAUUGAAAAGGUUGGUCAACCGUAGACAAAUCAUCACAUUUAGACAAGAGAGGGACAAUCCUUUGAUCUUCUCCAUGCCCUUCUGCUACAAGAUUCUUUAUCAUACUUCUUCUCCAUUUCGUCUUAGAAAAGUCAGCUUCAAAUCCUUCUUUUAUUGCUCAUCCAUCUCCUAUGUCCUAUUGUUUCAGUUUCAGACCCUCCAAGCAAUAUGAGUUCCUCUGUUUCUUCUUCUCUUUUCUGUGUUUUCACUCUCUUCUUCAUUUGUAGCUGUUAUUUGAUCGGUGCACAGCAGCCUUACGUGGGAAAGACCACAUCAGAUUGUGGCAAUCAACAUAACUCAUCUUCUGGUCUGGGCUACUUCUGCAAUGGAGGGAACAGAAGUUGCCAAACUUAUGUUACUUUCAGAGCCAUUCCUAAGUACAACACCGUUUCAGCCAUAUCUACUCUUUUGGGGGCCGACCCUUCUCAGGUCUCGCUGAUAAAUUCAGUCCCGGAAACGACAACGUUUGAUACAAACAAGUUGGUGAUUGUUCCGGUCAACUGUUCCUGUUCCGGUGAGUUCUAUCAGUCAAACACUUCUUAUGUUGUCAACGAAGGUGAUCAAUAUUCCUUAAUUGCUAAUGAACUAUUUCAAGGCCUCGCAACUUGCCAAGCUAUUAUGAAUCAACCCGGAAAUCCCAUUCCUACUGGUCUUAUUCCCGGUCAAAGAAUUAGUGUUCCUCUUAGAUGUGCUUGUCCCACAAAGAACCAAAGUGAUUCCGUUGUGAACUAUCUUAUUAGCUACUUAAUAGGUAAGGGUGAGUCUCCCCAACCCAUAAGCCAAAGAUUUGAGAUAGAUGAAGACUUACUUCGUAGAGCAAAUAGUCUGUCUCAGCAAGAUAUCAUUUUUCCAAACACCACUCUUUUGGUUCCUCUUGAUAAGCCACCAUCAAGUUCUCAAACUGUAGAGCCACCAACACCGCCACCAUCGCCUCCAGUGACUCCUCCUACUACCACUUCUCCUUCUAAGAGCUCAAAGAAAACUUGGGUUUAUGCCCUUAUUGGUGCUCUUGGAGGAACUGCUUUUCUGUUGGUCUUAGGCGCCAUAAUCUACUGCAGAGUAUUUCGAAAAAGCAAGAAGAAACUUGAACCUGCUCUUCUCCCAAAAAGCUUCGAGGCAAAUGAGAAAGCAGUAGACAAAAAGAUUGAAGAAUCACAGGACUUCUUAGAUAGUUUAUCUGAUAUAGCUCAAUCAAUCAAAGUUUACAAAUUUGAGGAACUUCAGCUGGCUACAAAUUAUUUUAGUAAUAGUAAUUUGGUUAAAGGAUCUGUUUACAAGGGUACAAUAAAAGGAGAUUUUGCAGCUAUCAAGAAAGUUGAUGGAGAUAUCUCUAAAGAGAUCAAUGUAAUGCAGAAGAUCAACCAUUCUAAUCUCAUUCGUCUUUCUGGGAUUUGUUUCAAUGAGGGUUUUUGGUAUCUUGUCUAUGAGUAUGCUGCCAAUGGACCUUUGAGUAGCUGGAUCCACCAUAAAAGAAAAGAUGGAAUGUUUUUGAAUUGGACUCAGAGAAUUCAGAUUGCUUUAGAUGUGGCUGCAGGGCUGAAUUAUCUUCAUAACUUUGCUACUUCUUCUCAUGUUCACAAGGACGUCAAGAGCAGUAAUAUUCUUCUCGAUAGUGAUUUUAGAGCUAAGAUUGCAAACUUUGGUCUAACAAGAUCAACACAAGGGCAUGAUGGCCAAUAUUCUUUGACAAAGCAUGUUGUUGGGACAAUAGGUUACAUGGCCCCUGAGUACUUAGAAAAUGGAGUGGUGUCUACAAAGCUUGAUGUCUAUGCAUUUGGAGUUUUGUUGCUGGAAAUGCUCACUGGGAAAGCGGUUUCUGUACUGUAUGAAGAAAAUAAGCACUUAUCUGAUUUAUUGAGUGCCGUAAUUAAUGAUGAAGAACAAGUUGGUUUGAAGAACUUUAUGGAUCCCUCCAUGGAAGAGAAGUAUCCUUCUGAAUUUGUUAUCUUUGUGGUUCGAAUUAUCGAAGGUUGCUUAAAGAAAAAUCCAGAUGCUCGGGCUCCCAUGGAUGAGAUUGUUCAGCUUCUCUCAAGAACCUUGAGCAAUUCAUUGAACUGGGAAUUGUCAAACAGCUCUGUUGAGUAGCAAUUCAAGUCUUGAUGUCAUCUAUUACGUCAUAUAUAUGCAUUUUGUAAGUUGAUUUUUUAUUUUUUAUUUUUUUAUGAAUGUUUAGCAUUCUGGUUUGUUAUAGAUAUUCUGGUAUGACAAGAUAGAUAUAUAUGUAAUCCAAGAUGUAGCAGUUGUUGAGUGCCAAUGUUAUUUCUUUUAAUAGCAUUUUAUACAUUUAUCAUAUCUGCGGAGAACUUGGCAGCCUAUA